AGUUUGAAAGUCAACUGCAAAGUCACCUCUCGCUUCGCCCACUAUGUCAUCACCAGCCAAGUGGUCAACAGCGCCGAUGAAGCCAAGGAAGUGGCCUUUGACGUGGAAAUCCCCAAGACGGCCUUCAUCAGCGACUUCGCCAUGUACGUGCCCGCCUGACUCCCACACGCAGAGCUGCCCGCUUGCCAGGCCCAGCCUGAAACCACGGCCCGGAGUGGCCAGGCAGUGGGGACCAGCUCACUGCCCAAAGGGCCAUGAGUCUGCUCCAGCACUGAGGGGAUGAGCAAGCCUUGUAGUCGUCCUGGGCUCCCAUCUGGGAGAGUAGCUGGGGACUCUGAUAGUACGUUUCCAGCCUGGGGCCCAAGGCUUCUCGCUGGGCUCUGUGGCAUGGCUGCCCACCUCACUGCCACAGGGCCCCUGAGCAACUCUGCAGGUGGUGGUGGGCAGUCAGGAAUGGCUUGCCACGAGCCACCUGGACAGGGCCUCCUCGGGGUCUGGGCUGGGCGCACCUCCAGGGAAGGUCCCGGGUGCCCGAGCAGGGGCGCCUCCUCGAGACCUUCUCCUCCCUGCAGCACAGCAGACGGAAGCGCCUUCAUCGGAGACAUAAAGGACAAAGCCACUGCGUGGAAGCAGUACCGGAAAGCAGCCAUCUCAGGAGAGAAUGCUGGCCUUGUCCGGGCAUCAGGGAGAACGAUGGAGCGGUUCACCAUCCAUAUCACCGUGGGGCCCCGCAGCAAGGCCACCUUCCGGCUGACCUAUGAGGAGGUGCUGAAGCGCAAACUUGCCCAGUACACCAUCGACGUCAAGGUCAAGCCCAAGCAGCUCGUGCAUCACUUUGAGAUCGACGUGGACAUCUUUGAGCCCCAGGGGAUCAGCAAGCUGGAUGCCCAUGCCUCCUUCCUCCCUAAGGAACUGGAGGCCCAACUCAUCAAGAAGUCCUUCUCAGGGAAGAAGGGUCAUGUGCUUUUCCGCCCCACUGUGGGCCAGCAGCAAUCCUGCCCCACGUGCUCCACAUCCUUGCUGAAUGGGGACUUCAAGGUGACCUAUGAUGUCAAUCGAGACAAGCCCUGUGACCUCCUGGUCGCCAGCAAUCACUUUGCUCACUUCUUUGCCCCCCAAAACCUGACAAACCUGAACAAGAACGUGGUUUUUGUGAUUGAUAUCAGCACCUCCAUGGAAGGCCAGAAAUUGAAGCAGACCAAGGAGGCGCUCCUUAAAAUCCUGGGGGACAUGCGGCCAGGCGACUACUUCAACCUGGUCCUCUUUGGGUCUGACGUGCAAUCGUGGCGGGACUCGCUGGUGCCGGCCUCUGCCGCCAACAUGCAAGCAGCCCAGGACUUUGUGCGGCGCUUUGAUCUGGCUGGGGCCACAAACCUGAAUGGAGGUUUGCUCCGGGGAAUUGAGAUCUUGAACCAAGCUCAGGGGAGCCUCCCGGGACUCAAGGACCACGCCUCAGUGCUCAUCAUGCUGACAGAUGGCGAGCCCACAGAGGGGGUGACGGACCGUCCCCAAAUCCUCAAGAAUGCCCGCGACACCAUCCGGGGCAGGUUCCCGCUCUACAACUUGGGCUUUGGCCACAACCUGGACUUCAACUUCCUGGAGGUCAUGUCCAUGGAGAACAACGGACGGGCCCAGAGGAUCUACGAGGACCAUGAUGCCACCCAGCAGCUGCAGGGUUUCUAUAACCAGGUAGCCAACCCCCUGCUGGUGGAUGUGGAGUUGCACUACCCCCGGGAUAGCGUCUCAGCCGUGACCCAGAACCGCCAUAAACAGUACUAUGAAGGCUCGGAGAUCAUGGUGGCUGGGCGCAUCGCUGACCAUAAACUGAGCAGUUUCAAGGCUGACGUGCAGGCCCGUGGAGAGGGCCAAGAGUUCAAGACCAGCUGCCUGGUGGAUGAGGAAGAGAUGAAGAAGCUGCUUCAGGAGCGGGGCCACAUGCUGGAGAACCACGUGGAGCGCCUCUGGGCCUACCUCACCAUCCAGGAGCUGCUGGCCAAGCGGAUGAAGUCCAUGGGGGACGAGAAGGCCGACCUGUCAGCCAGGGCCCUGCAGAUGUCGCUGGCGUAUCAGUUCGUGACCCCACUGACCUCCAUGACCAUCAGGGGCAUGGCAGACCAGGAUGGCCUGGAGCCCCUCAUUGACAAGCCCCCAGAAGAUUCUCUGCCUUCAGAGAUGCUGGGAAAUAGGAGGACUUUUGUGCUCUCGGCCUUGCAGCCCUCUCCGACUCAGCCCAGCUCCAGCGUCCAGCAGUUGCCCAACCAAGUGACUGGGGUGGAUACUGACCCCCACUUCAUCAUCCACGUGCCCCAGAAAGAGGACACCCUGUGCUUCAAUAUCAAUGGGGAGCCUGGUGUGGUCCUCAGCCUGGUGCAGGACCCUGACACAGGCUUUUCAAUAAAUGGGCAGCUCAUCGGCAGCAAGGCCAGGAGGCCUGGGCAGCAGGAGGGCACUUACUUCGGGCGUCUGGGGAUCGCAAACCCCACAACAGGCUUCCAGCUGGAAGUGACUCCUCAGAACAUUACACUGAACCCUGGCUCGGGCGGGCCCGUGUUCUCCUGGAGGGACCAGGCUUCGCUGCGGCAGGACGAGGUGGUGGUGACCAUCAACAGGAAGAGGAACCUGGUAGUGUCCCUGGAGGAUGGGGGCACCUUCGAGGUGGUCCUGCACCGGGUGUGGAAGGGGAAUGCCGCUCAGCAGGACUUCCUGGGCUUCUACGUGCUGGACAGUCACCGGAUGUCGCCACGGACGCACGGGCUGCUGGGACAGUUCUUCCACCCCUUGGAUUACAAAGUGUCUGACCUGCAUCCCAGCUCUGACCCCACAAAGACAGACGCCACAGUGGUGGUGAAGAGCCGCCGGCUGACAGUCACCAGGGGCUUACAAAAAGACUACAGCAAGGACCCCAGGCACGGGGCUGAAGUGACCUGCUGGUUCGUCCACAACAACGGGGCCGGGCUGAUCGACGGGGUUCACACGGACUACAUCGUCCCUGACAUCUUCUGAGCCCCUAGCCAGCACACCUGGCAACGGAGGGCAGCAUGCAGCCCUGCAGCCCAGGCCCCGGGACUUCCAUUAAAGAGGCCAUGUCCA